AUGCUAACACAGACAUGUCUCUUGUUAAUACUUUUAAAUAUAGCUAUCGGGCAAGGUAAUAAUGAAGAAAUCAAACAACCUUUCAAUGCAAUUGAAACAUUUGAUACAGCUAUGCGUGAACAAUGUGCCCGUUACAAUGGCAGAUUACAUAAAGAAUCCAAUCAGACUAAGCUGAAAAGUGAUCAGAGUAGUGCACUUCAGGCUGUAUUUGCUCAAGAUGUACUAUCAGCAUGUGCUCCAAUUUUCAGUCUUAUGCAUCCACAAAUUACUGAACGUCUUACUGUAACCAGUCUAAAUCCACUCAAGGUCAAGGCUCAUGUUUCUGUUCCAGAAACGGGUGAAAAAUUCUCUUUUGAAGGUUUGGUGUGUGACGAUGGAUUCGGUUCAAAUGAAGCUGCAGCUGUAUGUCGCACUCUAGGAUUUUCAGGUAAUGACAACAUGUUCACGUCGGGUCAGACCUGGAUCCAGGGCAGUGUUAUGUGUACAUAUCAGCACGAAGGCACAGGAGCAAAAACAAUGGUACCAUGUCGUUAUUUAGUUGAUGAUCUCACUUGUCCUUACUCUGCCAGUAAUCUUCAAGCUUGCCAAAGCCAACCAUUAUUCGAGAGCAAUUGUGGUUCAAGUGAAGCUGUCCGAGUUUACUGUAAUUAA